AUGAGUUGGGAACAACAAGCAUAUAGGUAUGUUUUGGAGCAGGAGAAGGACUCGGAAACGUAUAUAGUGGAAGCUUAUCUGUAUGCUAGCUUUGGGAAUCCAAACGCUCAAAUCGCCACGCCUACGCAAACACCAACAUCGGCUCAAUUCCCCAGUCCAACUUUCCGGACCCCGAGGAACAAUUCAUCGAGCUUCGAGGAUCGUAGUGACUGGACGCCUCAAUUUGCGGAGGAAUACUCGGUGUUCAAUUCAACGCCCGGCCGUUUGACAGGUGCCCAACAAAGCUCGUUUGAAGAAGCUCCCACGCCCCACGCUCCGAUCAACACUGGUCAACCGCAACUCUCUGGUACCGAGGAUAUCGCUGCGGAACUCUCAACUCAUGUCCAUCAUCUGUCUCCAAACCCUAAUAUAGCCCUACCUCCAGUCGACCCUUUGAACCAAUUGCCCUCUUCUCCUGGUCCUUAUUCAACUACCCAUAGCCGAUUCGAUGAUAGCUCCAAGCAAAGAGUAACUCCAAGAAAGCCCAAGAAACGAUUGGAGGAGGCUUUCAGUGGCCAGACUGCAACCCCUCCCGCAACGUCUUCGAGAGGAGCGAGAAAACUGGCGCCAAAAAUCCAGACCGAUAUCAUGCAAAAUGACUCUCGAGACGGCCAAUACGGCUCACAACAAACACCUACGCACUCCAACCAUAUGAUGGCUUUCCACUCCACAUCAGCCGAGUUUUUCGGAUAUCCGAUGUCAGCCCCAACAACAGCACCACUUUAUACUAACUCGAAGCCGUUUUGGGAACAAGAUACGAGCAUGGGCGGUAUGGGUAUGGACUUUGGAAAUGAUGACGCUGCGAUGUUCAGUACUGGAGGCCAUAAGAUGAACAAUUCAUUUGAUUGGGGAAACAGUAAUCCAAUGUUUCAAGACUCCGUGAAUCUGCCUUCAACCCAGCCGGAGCCGAGAUCUCAAGCUCAAGCUCAAGCUCUCCAAGCUCCAGCUACCUCGAGGCGGCAGAGACCUUUAGCUCCCAAAAUGUCACAUCCGCUACCCGACCUCGCAUCGUCCAUGGCGCCGUUCGAUUUUAAUAGCACCUCCACCUCGGAGGACCCUUUUGCCAUUGGCGCCGACGCCGUUGACCCAGGACUUCUAUUUAGUCGAACGGCUACGAACAUGGCAUCGGAUUUCGAGGAUGUGUCGCUUCCAUGUCCACGUCCCAUCACAAGCCACGACAUGCCUCUGGAGCCUUAUCAACAUCAGUCGCGGGAAGCUUCCAGAGACCACGAAGAUUUGCGUAGAUCUCGCAGCUCGCGGGAUCAUGGUGCUGGAAACGAGAGAAGCAUCGCGAGCUCACCUGUUAAGGGGUCUGCGCGGCUGGGUCUACAAAGAAGUGUCAGUGACUCGAGAAUCAGAAGGCCACAAGGUAGAAAGACCAUUUACACAUGCAAGAAUUUGUCGUUGAAUAACCACUGACUGUCCGUAGAUCGUGUAAAGACCCGUAAUGGACGAGUAUCGCCAGUAAAGCAGCAACGUCCUCCUAGUCUUUCCUCCAUCCCAGAGCUCCCAGCCUCACGAGCUCGAACGGAGGUCAGAUUCACUAUUGAUUCCAAAGGAAGAGCCAGAACCGAGACUGUAGUCAUCCAGGAGGAGCCCCGAUCCCGACCAACUAGUAGUAGGCCUGCCAGCUCAGGUCGCGACCGCUAUGACUAUACUUCUAGUGAAUCUUCCUCGGAUGAGGAGCCCAUCAUAGUCCCAAGUCGGAACAACUCUUUUGCAAUUCCUCCUCCGCAAAAAGCACCGCGGCUCGCGAGAUUCGAGACGUUACAUCAUGAUAAAGACCCAAGAAGGCGCAACACUGGUGGCUAUAGUCGAUCCGAAUCCUCUAGUCAACGAUCUUUGCAGUUUGAUGGCUUCGAAAGUGAGGCAGAGACUGUUAUGGAUGAGGAUGAUGGUUCUGGCGAUGCAACUUUGGCAAUGAGACAAUUGGUAGAAAAUCGCAAGCGAGCUCAGAUUGCCAAAUCUAGGACUCCUAGACACCACCGCUAUUCCACACACGAUCCUCGCGCCAAUCCAAACUAUACAGGCUAUGGUUCCUCGAACAUAAGCCCCGUCACAACCGUAGAUAGUGCUACACCGACUAGUUCGAGGAGUGUCACCCGAUGCGUUUGCAAUAAUCCAGAUAGCGAAGGCUUCCAGAUUCAGUGGUAAGCAUUUCUUUGCGUGAUUUUAAUGUCAACAUAUAUUUUAUUUACUAACGCUGCUAGCGAAUCUUGUGACAAUUGGCUGCAUGCUGAAUGCGUUGGCAUUGACGAACGAAGUCUUCCUCCGGUUUAUAUAUGUGCAUUUUGUGCGAACACGCCGAACAUGCGGGGCGGUCGUCUUCGAGAGACUGCAAGAUUGGGCUCUUCUCCGCUGGCGCACAAGUCUUUCAAGAUGUUUCGAUAGGACGAUAUAUUCUACCAAAUCAAAAUCUACCAAAUCAAAAUCUACCAAAUCAAAAUCGCAUACACCAUACGAAUGAGUUGUUGACAGACUACAGCGCAUCCGCGAAAUUACUGUUUUGUACGAUCUUACUGUUACCUUGACUGCACGCCCUUCCUAAUCCCGGACCACCUUUGCCACAUCUUAUGCAUCAUAGCAAACGAUUUCGGUGGAGGAAAAAGUAGACUACUCGUCCUGCCUUUCUUCUUGUUUUUGAUACCCUCCUACUGUAGAGAUAACCGAGAAUUUUGAGCAUGAUUUCUUUUUCUUUGGUCUCUCUUCUUUCUUUGUCUUUCUGUGAAUUUACUUGCAUAGCGAUUCCCCCUUCCCUGUCUCUCAUCUGCUAUUUUCUGAUUUAAGUUGAUUUUACUUGCAUGGCAUUGUACUUCUACCUUCGUCCCCAGUUCCUGAUUUCAUGGGAUAAAUUUGUAAGUUGUUAUUGUUUUGAACGAGCGUAGGGAGUAUAUUUUGUAGGAUCUCGUAGAGGGAGGUUGUAUGGGG